AAGCAAUCAUUGCUCAAAUAAUGAGAGGCCUCUCUCUUGAUCUUUCUUCCUCUCUCUCACCUGAUCUCUCUUCUCUCAUGAUCUCUCUUCUCUGUUUUCACUCUCUCCUCAUCACAAAUGGAAAAGGGUUGAAGACUUGAAGCUUUGGAGAGCGACCGAGCGAGCCAGAGAAAACUCCAAAAUUCAGAUCAGGGUCUUCGCUUGUCAAGAGGGCAGAACCAGGUUUCGAGGCUUAUCGUCAUGUUCGGCUGCAACUGUCUCUAUUGGAACAGACUCGCCGAUUUCUCGCCACCACAGCUCGAAUAUUUCUCUCUGCCUGCGCCCUUGCCUAACUGGCCUCAAGGUCAAGGUUUUGCUUCUGGAAGAAUCGAUAUAGGAGAACUAGAGGUUUUCAAAGUCUCUAGAUUUGAGUUUAUUUGGAGCCAUAACCCAUCACAGGACAAGAACAAAGGUGUUACCUUUUACAAACCAGUGGGAAUACCUGAUGGAUUCCAUAUUCUUGGUCAUUAUUGUCAACCCAAUAACAAGCCUCUACGAGGUUAUGUUCUUGUGGCAAGAGAAGUAAAUACCUUCACACCAGAAAUUGCUCAUGCUGCAAGUACUGUUAAGCUACCAGCUCUUUGUGAACCACUUGAUUAUAUCUUAGUUUGGAGUCCUGAGGACUGGACUGAGGAUAGAUAUGGUGGAUGUGGCUAUUUUUGGCUGCCUCAGGCACCUGAAGGAUACAUGCCAGUUGGGUUUUUGGUUACCAACAAGCCAAGCAAGCCGAGUUUGGACGAAGUCAGGUGUGUUCGGGCUGAUUUAACAGAUGUAUGCGAUGCAUAUCGCCUAUUGCUUAAUUCUAGUUCUGGAUACAUGAAUUGUUCUGUUCAAGUUUGGAGUACGAGACCACAUCACAGAGGGAUGAUGGAGAAAGGAGUCCCUGUCGGGACAUUUUUCUGCUGUAGUGACUGGAGUUCUGGAGAGGACUUAAGUAUUGGGUGCUUGAAGAAUCUAAAUCCGACCCUGCCUGCAAUGCCAAACCUCGAUCAGAUUCAUGCUCUUAUCAAUCACUACGGCCCCACUGUUUUUUUCCAUCCUGACGAGGUCUAUUUACCAUCUUCUGUUUCGUGGUUUUUCAAAAACGGAGCUCUCCUGUACAGAGCUGGUGCUACUGCUGGUGAAACUAUAGAUUCUGAAGGUUCGAAUUUGCCUGGCGGGGAAACAAAUGACGGGAGCUUUUGGAUUGACUUGCCCAGUGAUAACCGAAGAGAGAUUGUGAAACGUGGAAACUUGGAAAGUGCAAAGCUUUAUGCUCAUGUGAAGCCAGCACUAGGUGGAAUAUUCACUGAUAUUGCAAUGUGGGUAUUUUGUCCUUUUAAUGGACCAGGCACUAUCAGAAUUGGAGUCAUGAAUAUUUCUCUCAGCAAGAUUGGGGAACACGUUGGCGACUGGGAGCAUUUCACUCUUCGGAUAUGCAACUUUACUGGAGAGCUUUGGAGCAUAUACUUCUCACAACACAGUGGUGGGCAAUGGGUGGAUGCCUAUGACUUGGAGUACACACAAGGGAAUAAAGCCAUUGUUUACUCAUCAAAAAGCGGACACGCUAGCUACCCUCAUGCUGGAACUUACAUUCAAGGCUCUUCAAAGCUCGGGAUCGGAAUAAGGAAUGAUGCUGCUCGAAGCAACUUGUUUGUGGAUUCAAGCACACAAUAUGAAGUUGUUGCAGCAGAAUAUCUGGGAGAUGGGGUUGUGACCGAGCCAGGUUGGUUGCAGUUUAUGAGAGAGUGGGGUCCAACUAUUGUCUAUGACUCAAGAACAGAGCUGGAUAAGAUUAUUAAUAAGUUGCCUUUGAUGGUUCGUUAUUCAGUGGGGAACUUGUUUGCUAAAUUCCCAGUUGAGCUUUCUGGGCAAGAAGGUCCAACUGGGCCUAAGGAGAAGAACAACUGGGUUGGGGAUGAAAGAGGCUAAGCUUGGUAGAACCUAUCAAACCUUCCACUUCCACUACUACUACUACUACUACUACCAUAUUUGACUUUGUGAUUGUUUUGUUCAUAGUACACAAUUAGGAAAUUAUUGAUUGUUGAAAGCAGUAUUAUUUGUGAGGUUUUAUGUAUAUUGAUUAUUCUUUUUAUAGAAAUACUAAAUGGGCAUUUUUGUUGGAUUAUUAUCCAAGUACAAGUGAGUUUGAUUUGAGUGAGGAUUGUAUAUAUAAUCAUAGCAUGUACACGCUUAUGUUGCUAAGUGUUGUUUGAACUUAUAAGCUUCUUGUGGUUUUAGCAUAUGUGAAAAGAAACAGGUUGUUUGAUGUUAAUCAGAUUAGAAGUUGUGCUA